CUCUCCAACUCUAUCUCUUUCUUUUUCCUUUCCUUUGUUUUUUUUUCUCCUAUAAUUUCCCUCCCUCUCUAUCCACGCCUUUAAAAUAGCUGAAGAUGGAAUCUUUUUGAUUUACUCUUUUACCCGUCUGCAAAGUGUUCGGAGAAAUGCCUGAACCAUGGCCACCUUCACCUCCUCCAGCCAUACUUUCAUCUCGCCCCAUUCGUUCCUAACGCACUUCCGUGCUCGGGUUAUCCCCUCCUGUUUCUGCAGGAUUACCGCCGGCAACAAAGGGAAUUCGGUGUCUCUGAAUCUGAAUCCUGUUCGUGGUUUGGUGCUCGGGGAAGAGAAGAGAAGGGUUUCUUGUUGGUCUUGUUGGUGCAAGAAAGGGUGGGACAGUGACGGGGAUUUGGCGUUGGAGACUGAGAUAUUGGAGUUCAUGAGAAAUAGUGACAAACCCGAGGCUUUUCCUAGCAAGAAAGAGCUGAUUGAUGCUGGGAGGAUGGAUCUGGUUGAGGGGAUUAAGAGACAAGGAGGGUGGCUUUCUAUGGGCUGGGACUUGGAUAAUGAUAUUGAUAACCAACACGGGUUUCAAGAAAAUAGUAUCAAGGAUUGGGACUUUAUGGAGAAUGAGAAGAAAUGGGAUAACCAGAACCAAGAAAGGGCUCAAUUUGAAGUUGAAAGUAAUGGGACUCCUAAUUUGGCCUUUAAUUAUUCUAGCUCAACUUCCUCGUCUGGUAGAUCAUUAGAAGCUGCGGCUGAGAAUGAUUGGGGCAUUAACGGUAUUCUGAGUCAUUUGGAGAAAGAAAGGAAUAUGAAUUUUGGGAUUGGUUUCAGAGACAAAGGUGACAAUACCUGUUCCCAUACUAAAUGUACUGAAGAAGAAUAUCUUGUCCAAGCCUCAACAGAUGUGACAGUUGGUGGUCCUCAUAGAAAAGUGUUUGCAUCAUUCAGCGAUAAUCCUGGCCUAGUCAAUGAUACCAAUGCCAAUUUUUGUCUGAACCAGUCUCUAUCAGGCAUUGAUGGUUUAAGAAAUCCAACAUGGAGAGAGUGGAGCUUUCAAAGAGCAGGAUUUUCUGGCAAGGAAUUUGAAGAUAUUUCAGGGUAUGAGUCACUUGAAAUAAGAAAUAAAUCCAAGGAACUAGACAGAAGAAAGGAGUCACGUGCUUCUGGAAAAGAUGUUAAUCACAAUGAAAUACGAAGCCGUCUUGAGCACUUGAAGUUGGAGCUUUCAUCUGUAUUACAGACAUUGAGGUCUAACGUUGCUGAGGUUUCAUCACGGGAGGGUGAUGGAAGCACCACUGAAGAUUUCCAUAAGCUUUCUGAUGCCUGGGAGUUCCAAGAAACUGAGAUAUUGAAUGCCCAGGACAAUUUGCGAUCACUACGGGCAAGGUUGGCAGUUUUAGAAGGGAAGAUGGCAUUGGCAAUAAUAGAUGCACGGAGGACUGUGGAAGAGAAACAGAAAAAGAUUGAUCAUGCUCGUAGAGCUUUACAACUUCUUCGUACUGCUUGCAUAGUGUGGCCUAAUUCUGGAUCAGUGGUGCUGUUAGCAGGAUCAUUUGAUGGGUGGGCAACCAAGAGAAAGAUGGAGAAAUCGAGUGGUGGUGUUUUUUCUGUGCACUUGAAGUUGUAUCCAGGGAAAUACGAGAUUAAAUUCAUCGUCGAUGGUGAAUGGAAGCUUGAUCCCUUGCGCCCUAUCGUUAACUACGAUGGAUUCGAGAAUAAUCUACUUAUCAUCACAUAAGGAGGCCAGACUUCUAGGGGCAUACAGUGGGCACGGCAAGAUCAUUCAUCGCAAAAAUGAUAGGACAUGGGAGUAAAUGCAUUUGAUUUUUCUUUUUAGUUUCCUUACUGUAAACAAGUAGAAUAGAGCUGGUAGAAGGUUGAUUUUAAUGAUUCUUUUUCGAGGGGUUCGUA